AUGUCAAUUUACGACAAGUAUUGCUUAAAAACCCUGAAAUCAUUAUUAUCAAAUUUUCGUCCGUUAUCAGAAAUUUUUAGUUAUUCAAAUUUGAGUCACGCUCUACAUAAUUCUGUAACAAAAUAUCGUACACCAAAAUUGAUUCAGGUUAAACAUAUCACAUUUGCUGUUGCAUUGAGAGUAAUACAAUCAUUAUUAUUACUUUAUGGUGUAUUAGAUCUUCUUAUUUCAAAUCGAGGCUAUCAAAAACGUGAUAGCGCUUUAAUAAGUAGCAUAACAACAAAGGUAAAAGGGAUUGGAUUUACACCCGUUCCGGUUGAUAACGCGGACUAUGUUAUACCACCAUCUGAAAAUAAUGCUGUAUUUAUCAUGACAAAUUUUAUUCAAACUGAACAAACACGUUCGGUAUGUCAAGAGUCACCAACUACUCAAGAGGCAACAUGUUAUAAUGAUGAAAUGUGCAAAAAAUUCGUUAGUUUUCCACAAGCUCAUGGACGAUGGACUGGUCGAUGUCUAACAGUAGAAAAUGAUACAUCAAAAGGAGGACUAUGUGAAAUCGAAGGUUGGUGUCCUGUUGAAGAUAAAACUAACAGAGUCAUUGAUCAAGUAUUAAAUUUUACUAUUUUCAUCAAGAACUUUGUCGAAUUUCCAACAUUUAAUGUAGUUACUAAAAAUUUUGUCGAUGAUAUGACACCGUGCAUUGAACGGAAUGAAGAAGAACGAAAACUAAUGUUAAAAUACGGUGGUGUUAUUCUAAUUGAAAUUAAUUGGGAUUGUAAUUUUGAUUUUAAAUCAAAACAUUGUCUACCCGUUUAUUCAUUUGCACGAUUAGAUUUACAUUUAAAAGAUGAAGAAUUUUCUCUUGGUUUUAAUUUUCGAUAUGCGUCCAAACGUCAAAUAUAUUCUUAUAAAGAAUAUCGAACAUUAAAAAAAGCGUAUGGUAUACGAUUAAUUUUAUCGUCUAUGGGUACAGGACGAAAAUUUGAUUUAAUGACAUUAACAUUGAAUGUUGGAAGUAUAUGCGCCUUGUUUGGUAUAGCCACAUUUAUAUGCGAUAUUUUACUGUUAUAUGUUUGUAAACAUGCCCGUUUUUAUCGCAAUCAAGUAAGAGAUAAAGUAGAUUUAAGAGUAAUUAGCAAUGUUCAUACGAUAACGUCAACAUCACUCAUCGAGCCAGAAAACAAUGAUUUAUCAAUUCGGACAAGUCUUACACGACCAUUAGUAAUCGAUAGUACGGACAUAUCGAACUGA